AUGCUGGGCAGGCUAGAGUUCAAUGCCUUGGCAGCCUUCACCCUGGCAAUAACCGCAUUGAUAGGUGCCUACCUGCCCGUGCUGCUUUCCUCCCGCGACAAGCAAAGAGGCGGUUCUGGGCGCAGCCUGGGCUAUGUCCUGGGCAACAUGCUCAGCGCGGGGGUCAUGGUGAGUGCCGGCUUCUGCCACCUCCUGGGCGACGCGCUGGAGCAGAUGCCGGCCAUGGACUUCCCCCUGGCCCCCUUCCUCUGCGGCGUCGGCUUCCUUCUCACCCUCCUCUGCGACGCGGCCGUGGUGCACGCCUCCUCCGGCCCGGUCCCCGGCUGCCAUGGCGCCGGGCUGGUCGGCGGGGCGGCGGCCCGGAGCGAUGGCGAUCUGGGGCUGGACCCGGAGGCGCAGGUGGACCCCGCGCGGCGGCGACGGCAGCAGCGGCAGGGCCCGGCGUCGGAGGGCACGGCGGACGGGGUGCAGCACCCCACACCGCGGGCGCACCCGGCCCUCUCGCAGCGGGGGCCCCACGCCAAGCCGGGCGGCGUGGACACCGGGCCGGCGCCCAAGGAUGGCGGGGCGGGCUCGCCACUGCCGGCGUCGCCCGCCGCGCCGCGCCGGCCCCCGGACACCUCCCCCUUCGAGCUGGAGGCGGGGGGCGGGCAGGCGGGGCCGCCGCGCGGCGCAGCCUUCGGCGCCGGCGACGGCGAGCCCGCCGCGCACGAGGCGGCGCCGCUGCUGUCGCACGCGGCCGGCCCCGACGGCGCGGGCUCGUCGGUCCUGCCCGCCGCGCCCAAGCGGCGCGGCGGGCACAGCGUGACCUUUGCGACGGCCAUCCUGCUGGGCGUCGCGCUGUGCUUCCACAGCGUGCUGGAGGGCGCGGCCAUGGGCGCACAGGCCACCGUCAGCGCCUCCAUGCACAUCUUCAUCGCCGUGGUGUCGCACAAGGGCCUGGCCGCCUACGCGCUGGGCUCCAGCGUGGUCGACUCCGACGUCUCCCCCGCCCGCUUCUGGAGCGUGGUGGGACCCUUCACCCUGGCCUCCCCGCUGGGCAUCUUCGUGGGGUAUGUGGUGUCGGACCUGGCGGCGGGGACGGGGGCCGCCUCCAUUUCCUCCAUGGCCGCCGGCACCUUCCUCUACGUCGCCUUCAUGGAGGUCAUCCCCAAGGAGCUGGACGACAAGGCGCACACCCUCCUGAAGCUGGCUGCGCUGGCGACGGGGUACGGCCUCAUGUCCGUGCUCGCCAUCUGGGCCUGA